AUGUCGACGUCGGCUCAAUACAAAAAGAUUGUUGAAACCAUGACUGAUGCAUUAAACAAACACAAUAUCGAUGAAUUCCUGACGCAUUAUGGCGAUAACUGUGAAGUCAUUCGUGAUGGCCAAUGUGUUAUUCGAUCGAAAGACGAAUUUAAAAAGUAUGCGGAAGAACGGUUCUCGAAUCCAGAUGCCAAAGCUAAUUUGGUUGAAUUUUUACCAAGUGAAAGCGAUGAUCGCAUACGUUUUAUAGUAGAACACAAAGACAAAAAGCGCUAUGAACAAACAUGCGUGUUUUCGAAGGAAGGGAAAGUUGUUCAAGUACAUCUCAAGAGUUUGAACAACAAUUAA